UGGCUUCACCACGGCUACAGUAACCAAAGUAAAGAGAGCUUAUAAACUGCUUCAAAACAGUAGCUCCCACUACCCAUCUCCGUUGUCCAUCCGUUUAGGCAACAAUGUCAACUCCUUCCAAAUCUAAGACGAGGCAGGCCACACCGUCGUCGUCGUCGGCCAACCAAAACGGCGGUGGCCGCCUGUUCACCGAUUCAGACGAGGUUCGUCUUCUCAAAACCCUUGAAAAACUCACCAAAUCAACCCCACCAUCCCCUCAAAUCACCGUCGAUCCCGAAACAUUCAACCGCAUCAGCUCGGCACACAACUCAAAAUUCACCCAGUCACAGAUCACAUACAAGCUCCGUACAUUGCGAACCAAGUACCACAAACAAGCACGAACCAAGUCUCUUAUCAAAACCCCACAUGAUCAGAAGCUCUUCAAGAUUGCCCGCAAAAUAUGGGGCAAGCAAAUCAAGCGAAAAAGCAAGAGACUUGGAGACCUGCAGUCCAGUGAUAAAGAAGAAAAGGAAGAAGAAGAAAAUGCGGCGUUGGCUGAAGCUGAAAGAAAUGAUGAACGAGAACAGGAACGUGAAGAAGUGGUGAAUUUGGAGGAUUACCCAGCGCUAGUGGGUGAAUUUUCCAAGUACUUGCCGUUGAGUUUGGUGUGGAGAGAGGCGUUGAGGUCUUUGGGGAGUGGGAAAUUGAGGGAAAUGGAUGAGAAGUGGAAAUCGAUUGGGAUUGAAGAAGCCAAGAUUGUGAUUAAGAAAGCUGAGUUGGUUAAGGAGCAGACUGGUUUGAUUAUGGAGGUUCUUGGAGAUUCUGCAAAUGGGAAUUGAUUAAUGUAUUUAAUUAUCAUCUUGGGUUGUGAUAUUUGUACUGACAUUGUUAGGGUUUAAGUUAUUGUUAAGAGUUUAAGUUUGAAUUUGUGUAAUUCUUCCUUUUUUCAGCCAUGGUGACUCAU